CCUCCGUCGGCAACCUUCGUGGUUCUAAACAACACGAACAACCCAAGAAAAACUUUUCCUAGCGGUGAACAAUGUGCGGGGGCGCCAUUCUCGCGGAACUCAUCCCGUCGCCGCGCCGGGCGGCGUCGAAGCCGGUGACCGCGGGCCACCUCUGGCCGGCGGGCUCCGACACCAAGAAGGCCGGCAGCGGGAGGAGCAAGAGGCACCAGCUCGCCGACGUCGACGACUUUGAGGCCGCCUUCGAGGACUUCGCCGACGAUUUUGACAAGGAGGAGGUCGAGGACCACCAUUUCGUGUUCUCGUCCAAAUCCGCAUUCUCCCCAGCCCACGGCGUGCGCGCGGCGACCCAGAAGAGGCGCGGCCGCCGCCACUUCCGCGGCAUCCGGCAGCGCCCCUGGGGCAAGUGGGCGGCGGAGAUCCGCGACCCGCACAAGGGCACCCGCGUCUGGCUCGGCACCUUCAACACCGCCGAGGACGCCGCCCGGGCCUACGACGUCGAGGCACGCCGCCUCCGCGGCAGCAAGGCCAAGGUCAACUUCCCCGCGGCCGGCGCGCGCCCACGCCGCGGCAACUCGCCGAGACCGCAGCGCCACCAUGCCGCAGCGCAGCCCGCGUUGCUUGCAGGAGAGAAGCGGAAGGAGGAGGAGAUCGUCGUGAAGCCUGAAAUUGGGGCGUCGUUCGACUUCGACGUGGGCAGCUUCUUCGACACGGCCUUCCCCGCGGCGCCGCCGGCCAUGGAGAACUCCUUCGCCGGCAGCACCGGGUCGGAGUCCGGUAGCCCCGCAAAGAAGAUGAGAUACGACAACGACUCGUCGUCCGAUGGGAUGAGCUCCGGCGGCGGCUCCGCGCUGGAGCUCGCUGACGAGCUCGCGUUCGAUCCGUUCAUGCUGCUCCAGAUGCCCUACUCGGGCGGGUACGAGUCCCUCGACGGCCUGUUCGCCGUCGACGCCGCCCAGGACGUGAACAACGACAUGAACGGCGUCAGCCUGUGGAGCUUCGACGAGUUCCCCGACGACAGCGCUGUUUUCUAACGUGCCGCCCUACCAGUUUCCCUCAGCUGCUCUGAUUCUUGGUUCAGGGACGGCGGCGGUGCGGACGCUCCACCGGACGAUCGAUGCAGCUGAUGAGGGCGACUGCCGAUCGCUUGCUUGUUGAUUGGCGUGUAAUCAUAUAUGUCAGAGUACUGUACUGUGCUGUGCUGCUUGAGUUUGCUCGCUAGAUUCUGUAUCAGUGUAUCUGUACUGCCGGCCUCCUGAUCAAACUGUACUCUACUUUGAAUAUUUGUACUACUCGUUUUUGGUGCUUCCUAUUGUGUGUCAAUAGUCCUAUGAAUUUGAUCAUGUCGGCAAUGGUCGUCUAUAUUGUACGGUUGUGAUUGUUAUGCCAAAUAAGUUUGUGAACCUGGUUGUAUAUACUACCAUCCUACCAUCAUGUUUCAGCCGGAUAUAAGGAGAUCAUAAUUUUCUGAA